AGGAUUUUUAUCUGAGAAAAUUACUCUUUUUUCGUUAAGUUGUCCAGACUGCCUGAUAAAUUUCGUCUUUUGUAUUUUUGGAGUAGCAGCCAGCAGGUAUCCGUCAAUCUCAAUAAUCACACUGGCUUUCGAAGAGGAGGAAGACAUUGUUUACAAGAUCUUGACAAUUUCUGAAAAAAAAAAAUGCCAGAUAUAAAAGUUACACCACUUGGGGCUGGGCAGGAUGUUGGACGAAGUUGCAUCCUGGUCUCCAUGGGUGGCAAAAACAUCAUGCUGGACUGUGGAAUGCACAUGGGGUUCAAUGACGAGAGACGCUUCCCAGACUUUUCCUACAUAGUUCCAGAAGGACCUGUGACCAAUUAUAUCGACUGUGUCAUUAUCUCUCAUUUUCACUUGGAUCAUUGCGGCGCUCUUCCAUAUUUUACAGAGAUGGUAGGCUACACUGGACCGAUUUACAUGACACAUCCGACUAAGGCUAUUGCGCCAAUCUUGCUGGAGGACAUGAGGAAAGUUGCGGUCGAACGCAAAGGCGAGAGCAACUUUUUCACAUCGCAGAUGAUUAAAGACUGUAUGAAGAAAGUUAUCGCCGUUACGCUUCAUCAGUCCGUUAUGGUCGAUCCAGAAUUGGAGAUAAAGGCAUACUAUGCCGGACACGUUCUCGGAGCAGCUAUGUUUUGGAUUCGCGUAGGAUCGCAGACCAUCGUAUAUACAGGAGAUUAUAAUAUGACGCCGGAUCGGCACUUGGGUGCUGCAUGGAUUGACAAAUGCAGGCCGGACUUAUUAAUAUCAGAGUCGACGUAUGCGACCACAAUUAGAGAUUCGAAGAGGUGUAGGGAAAGAGAUUUUCUCAAGAAAGUACACGAAUGCAUCGACAGAGGCGGAAAGGUGUUGAUUCCCGUAUUCGCUCUCGGUCGUGCCCAAGAGCUGUGCAUACUUUUGGAAACUUAUUGGGAAAGGAUGAAUCUAAAAGUACCAGUUUAUUUCGCGCUUGGUUUGACCGAGAAGGCCAAUAAUUAUUAUAAAAUGUUUAUCACAUGGACUAAUCAGAAAAUUAAGAAAACGUUCGUACAACGGAACAUGUUUGACUUUAAGCAUAUAAAACCGUUUGAUAAAGCGUAUAUCGAUAAUCCAGGUGCGAUGGUGGUGUUCGCCACGCCAGGAAUGUUACACGCUGGUCUCUCCCUGCAGAUAUUUAAGAAAUGGGCGCCUAAUGAAUCCAACAUGGUUAUUAUGCCGGGUUUUUGCGUGCAGGGUACCGUGGGCCACAAGGUUUUGAACGGUACACGGAGAAUAGAGUUUGAGAAUCGGCAGAUCGUGGAGGUAAAGAUGGCCGUGGAGUACAUGUCCUUCUCCGCUCAUGCCGACGCAAAAGGAAUAAUGCAGUUGAUACAGUAUUGCGAGCCGAAGAACGUUAUGCUGGUUCACGGGGAAUUCGCUAAGAUGGAGUACUUGAAGGAGAAGAUCAAACAAGAAUUCGGUGUUAGUUGUUACAAUCCUGCAAACGGUGAAACUUGCAUUAUCACUACCACGUCCAAAGUUCCGGUGGAUGCUUCUCUAGCGUUGCUGAAAGCCGAAGCGAAGAGAUACUCAGCCCUGCCACCUGAUCCGAAGAGACGGAGGCUGCUUCACAGUGUCCUGAUGUUGAGAGAAGAUGGUGUCUGUCUCGUAGAUGCGGAUGAGGUUGCAAAGGCUGCAGGUAUCACGAAACACGUGGUCAGAUUCACGUCCACUGUACAAGUAAGGGAUCCCGGCCCGGCGCACGCUACUACCUUAAAGCUAUUGCAGCCAUUGAAAGAAAGACUAUCAGGAUGGACGGUUCAAUUAACGGAUGGCUCCAUAUCAGUCGAGUCCGUUUUGGUAAAAGUGGAAGGAGAUGAAGAUGAUCAAAAGAGUGUUUACGUUUCAUGGACUAAUCAGGAUGAAGAUUUGGGUAGCUACAUUCUCGGGUUUCUGCAAACGAUGUUAAAUUAAGAAAACGGGGAAAGUUGCUGUCGAACAAGAAAAUUUCGACCUGUGAUACUAAAAUGUGGUUUGCAUUAUACCAUCGAAUGAACGAUUGUAAAUCUAUUUUGCAUCAUAAUGCUGAGGUAAAAAUAUAUUUUUCAAUAAUACAAAGUUAAACAUUAGAUGACGGUUAUAUAUUAUUUUUUUUAUGUUUUGGACGUUUGUAUUCACCUGAAUAGAAUAAGACAACAAAUAUAUAGAACUGCAGAACAACUAAAUAUGAAAGAUAUCGUACCUGUCAUGCAUUCUUUUAGUUACCUAGAUAAUGUCCAUCCUAGAAAGGAAGUAGAUGCACGUAUUGUUCAGAAAUAUGCUGUAUAUAAACGUAGUAUAAUAGUUUUAUAUUAUGUGUAUCAUGAAGCUGAUAAAUAUCUCUAA